CUAUUCAUUUCCUUUCAAUACCUCGUUGUGUUCUUAAUGGUCGGCCGGUACUUGUAUAUGCCUGCAAAGUUUCAAAUUACAUUGAUCUCUUUGUCUCAUUGAUCUUGAUAAAUAAAAAAAUUUUCCUAUUGAUUUAGACACUGUUCCUGUGAAGUGAAGAGUUCAUCUUCAAGAUGGCAAAUCCAUUAGAUUUUUUUGAUGGUACCAAAAUAAUGAAGCCUUGGAAGAUACAUCGAAGUGCUCGAAAACGAUCACCAGUUUCGAGAGGUAUUGGAAAUUGUUCAUUGAGUGGUAGUAUGCAAUCACUUGCUCCUACAAUCGACAGUGGGACUGAUUAUGUUGAAGAAUACAUUCAAAAAGAACGCGAUCAAAUUUUUGAGGCUUCAAAGUUCUUUCGCAAUGAUGAAAGUAGUUUUGAACAAGUGUCAAUAGCAACAGAACAAACGCCUGCUGAUGAUGAAAAGACUGAAGAACUUUUACGUCUCUACAAAACUUACAAUUUAGCUUAUACACCAAAGGCAAAUAUGACAAUUAAAACAAAACAAGAAAAAAUAGUUACUACUAUUGCUGCCGAACCAGUAACCAUAAUUCAGGGACCAACCGGUUGCGGUAAAACAACUCAAGUACCUCAAUUCAUUAUGGAUUAUUGUUUCAAAAGGAAACAACCCUGUAAUAUUAUAGUGACACAGCCACGAAGAAUCGCUGCUUUGAGUAUUGCUAAACGUGUUAGCGAGGAACGAGAUUGGCCAUUGGGUUCAAUUGUAGGAUACAAAGUUGGUUUGUCGAGUAAUGUAUCAGCAGAUACUCGAUUAACUUACUGUACAACUGGUGUACUGCUUCAAAGGUUAAUUACUACGAAAACGCUAACUGAUUUCACACACAUAAUUGUCGAUGAAAUUCACGAACGUGAUCAAGAUAUGGAUUUUUUAUUACUUGUAAUUCGGAAGCUUUUAUAUUUAAAUUCACACAAAGUCAAGAUAAUACUGAUGUCCGCAACUUUUGAUGUUCAUAAAUUUGAAAACUAUUUUUCAUCUUAUGUAGGAAACACAUUGACACCAGCUACAACAAUUGAUGUUGCUAAGAGUAAUUAUUUUCAAAUCAAAGAGUACUAUCUUGAUGAUUUACUUUCAUUAAGACCAAUACCAGAAGUGAAACUGUCAGAGCCCAAAGUGACACAAGAAAUGAUGGAAUUUGCCUGUCGGCUAAUGGGAAUAAUGGAUGAAAUUGACAAGAAUUCAGAAAGUACGAGUGCAAGUACAGAUUUUCAUCGACCAGGAAUUUUGGUAUUUUUACCAGGUAUUCAUGAAAUUGAAGAAAUGCACAAUUACAUGGAAAGUCCAAAGCUACAAAAAUGCAAGUGGGACAUUGUCGUUCUUCACUCAUCAAUCACAAAUGAAGAGCAGCAAAAAGUAUUUACAUUACCGCCUAAAGAUUAUCGUCGGGUUAUUUUAUCAACCAACAUUGCUGAAAGUAGUAUUACUGUCUCAGACAUUAAAUACGUAAUAGAUUUUUGCUUGACUAAGCAGCUGACAACAGAUCCACACACCAAUUACCAGUGCUUAGAACUCACGUGGGCCAGUAAGUCUAAUUGUAAACAACGAGCUGGUAGAACUGGUCGUGUCAUGGAUGGAAGAGUUUACCGACUGGUGCCGAAACAAUUUUACGAUAAAUUGCCGGCUGAAUGUUCACCGGAAAUAGUUAGAGCACCGCUUGAACAAGUUGUUCUACGAUCUAAGAUAAUUGAUCUUGGAUCACCUAAAGCUCUGCUGGCACUCGCACUAGACCCGCCUGAUUUAUCAAAUCUUGCUCGUACAGUAUUGUUGCUUAAAGAAGCCGGAGGAUUGGUUGGUUAUGAAGACGAUAAUUUAGAUGGAGAGUUAACGGAUCUCGGUCGCAUUAUGGCUUCACUUCCUAUGGACAUUCACAUUGGAAAGAUGAUUGUACUUGGUCAUUUGUUUAGCGUACUGAGAGAAGCAAUUAUCAUUGGUGCAAGUAUGGCUGUGAAAAACAUGUUUAGUUCGCCAUUUCAACUUAAACUUAAGUCUUAUGAUGCCAAAUUGAUGUGGUCACAGUACACGUACAGUGAUGCUAUUGCUUUUUUAAACGCUUUCAAUGUAUGGAUGCGUGAGAAGACAUCAGGUCGUAUUAAAACUGACAGAGACGAAAAAGCCUGGGCACGUACAAACUGCUUGCAAGUAAGAGUACUGCGUGAAGUUGAUGCCAUGGUCAAAGAUAUAACACAGAGAUUAGGAAAAAUGGGUAUCAAAGAGACGUUUGGUGCUAAAAAAGUUAAUUUAAUUGAUCAAGAACGUUAUUUCGUAUUGAAAUUAGUAAUUGCAGGUGGAUUUUAUCCCCAUUACUUUGUAACGCACUCGCAGAACGAUGAAAGUAAUGCUAUGAAAUUACUUGGCGGACUGGAUCCUAUUAAAACGGUUUAUUUACAAGGAUGGCCUUUUGAUCAACCAGGGCCACUUUACGCGCGACAUUUACAACAGGCAUUUAAAAUAUGUUCAAGCUACAGUUCUGAAAAUGUUAAAGUACAGUUUGAUAAUUCUAAUCGUGUCUUUAUACAUUUUAAUAAAAGGGAAAUUGAUGACAAUCAAGAUGCUAGUAAAGGACCUGGACAAAUUCCACUAGCUAUUUACCGUGCAUUGAAAAUGCGUUGUGUUUGUCCAAAAGUUGAGAUACCUGUGCUCAAAUCCGAAGAAUCAAAUCUUCUAGCUGAAAAACUUGGAAUCCAUAAACCAGCACCAACUAAUAUUAUCAGUAAUAAGUUUGUAUCUACUGAAUUACCGACAAGUGGAGUACGGCCACAAUUACCUAAAUUAGAUGAAACCGAAUUAACAAUUUCGGUAUGUCGAUACUUGGAUCCAGGACAUUUUUGGGCUCAUCAUAAAUGCACGCAAACAGUACAGCAUAAUUCAGUGAUAAAAACUUGUAUCGAAGAAAUGAACCCGCAACAGAAUUUAAAAGCGCCAACUUCACCGCCUGCUAUUGGAUCUAUAGUUUUAGCUCCAUGGGUAACAAAAACCAAGCAAGUUAAUUAUUGUCGUGCUGAAAUUCAGUCAGUGUCUAUGAAAUCGAAACAAAAUAAAUUUGUUCAAGUUUUUUUCGUAGAUUAUGGAUUUGACCAACGUAUUGCUCUUCACGAUUUACGUCUUCUGCCUGAUGAUAAUCAAAUUGCCAAUUUACCAGCUCUCGCAUUAGAAUGCGUCCUCGCAAAUAUUCAGCCAUCUGUUUCGAACAACUUGACUGGCAAUUGGUCUAAAGAAGCUAUUCAAUCAUUCCAGGACCUUUUGAAACGUUCAAUCGAACAACGAGUUGAAAUUUAUUCCGUUGUCAACAGUGUUGUAUCGUUGAAUUUAAUUUGCGUCACUGAACACGGGGAAAAAAUAAAUGUAGGAAAUUAUUUGAUCAAGAAAGGUUACGCUGAUUAUCGUGAAGAAAAUUUCCUGUCAAAAUCAAAUCAUGAAUUGCGACAACAAGUUAAAGAAUUUUCGGCUGGCGUUAAGCUCUAUCACGAACGGAUGCAGUACAAUCAGAGCAGUAUCAUUGAUGUUUAUCCUGAACCUCCACCCGAAAGUGAAUGUUCUAACUCUGUGAAAUUGCGAGGGCCUUUUUCACCUCUGGAAGUUGAGGUAUCCAGUUUAACAGUUGCUGGAAUAGGACGUAAAGUAAAUAUCAGUGACACAUCCGUUAAUUCAAUAAUAUUAGAUGACAAUCCUGUGGAUCCUCAACCGAAGUUACUAAUUGCUGGUUCAAUUAAUGAAAGUGCUAUUAAUCAUAAUCUGACAUUAUACAAUACGACACUGAUGCCAAGUAUUCCAGGGUUGAUUCCAUUGCUGUGUUUGAUAUUCGCGCCGCAAAUUGAGCUCAGGCGUAAUUCAUAUGGCACUCAGUAUAUUGGUGCUCUUUGUGGUUUAGGAUACGACGAAAAAACCCAGGAUAGCCUUUUUCCAGAGCAUGACAUGCCAAUACCAUUCGAUGUUGAAAUAACAAUGGAUGAUUUACAACUUAUUAAUCAAUUGCGACAUUAUAUGAAUGCUGCUAUUCUUUACGAUGAAAGUAACCAGGAAGUUGAUGAAGAUACUUUACAAUGUCAACAUCGAAUUAAAGAUAUUCUUUUUAAAAUAAUUUACCAGAAACGUAAACCAAUUAAAUCGGAAGUCGACUUGGAUCGUACACGCUGGUGUCGCUAUGAAAAAGAAUUAUUUUUAAAACCUGGAGCUAUUGCUUCUGCAAAACCAGGUGUCUUUAAUCUUCACUUGGCAUUGGAGUUGAACGAAAAAAAUGAAUUUAAAGAAACGAUGAAUGAACAUUUGGCUGAAUUGAAGUCGUUGGCAUCAAUGAGUUACCGUGACCAUCUUGGAGAAGCUAUUGAGUGUAAGUUGUGUAGAAUAAUAGUAUAUGGAAUAUCUAAUCUGCGUAAUCAUAUUAGUUCAGAAGAACAUCAUCAACGAGAAAAUUUAAUUAAAUAAUUUUUUCUUUUCAUUUCACUUUUUCUUAUAUUAAUUUAAAUUAUUAACUUUUAUUUUAUUUAUCUCGUAAUGUAAUAGACCUAUUACCCGAUUAGGAAACUAGUACCCGAUCCCUUCAUGAAUUUGUUUGUAUAUUUAGUAAUUAUAUAUAUACAAAUACAUGAGUGAUCGACUGCUAGUUACCUGAUCGGAUACUGAGUCUCUUAUCUUAUACUAAAUUAUUGAGAUCAUUUUUCUUUACAUUUUUUUAUUUUACUUUACUGAUUUAAAUAAAAGUUUGAAGUUUAUUUAGAGCUCAGAUGUAAAAAAAAACUUCUGUUAUAUCUAAUGUCGUGAUACUUUUUUCACUAAAAAGUUGAUGUAUAAUUAAGUUCUAUUGUAUUAAUUAAUACUAUUGACAUAAAAUUAUUGCAAUUACUUAUUAUUUCGUGCGAUUAUUGAAAUAUAUAUAAAUAUAUAUAUUAAAUAAAAGUCGGUGAUGAAAAAAAAUCAUGGAAAA